CCGAGCAGUCAGCACAUCCGACUGCUCGGACCUCAAAGCAGGUCAACUCUCAAAGCAGACAACGGCAAAUAUUUGACAAGAUCAUCACCAGAAGCCACCAGGUGUGAACUUUGGUUUGAUGUUGAGCGUAGGAUGAAGAAAAAGCUGAUCCUUGAUGUGGACACGGGAGUGGACGAUGCUCAGGCAAUCAUGAUGGCCCUCACGGACCCCAAAGUGGAGAUUUUAGGGAUCACCUGCUGCCACGGCAACACAACCCUCGAGAACGUCCUCCAGAACACACUGCGUGUCCUGAAGGUCUGCAACAGGCUGGAUGUCCCAGUGUUUGGUGGCUGUGCUAAGCCACUGCUGGCCCCCAAAAAACACGCUGGACAUUACCAUGGAGAGGACGGGCUGGGUGACGCCCCCGAUCCAGACGCCCCAGGCCUGGAGCUCCUGCAGAAGAAAAACGCUGUGCAAGCCAUGAUCAAAAUUGCGAUAGAGAACCCUGGAGAGGUGACUCUCGUGGCCACGGCGCCCCUCACUAACCUGGCUGUCGCAGUGCAGCUGGACCCCUCCAUCCCUGAGAAACUGAAGGCGCUCUACAUCAUGGGAGGAAACACUGAAUCCAGGGGCAACACCACCGUGUGUGGGGAGUUUAACUUUGCGGUCGACCCCGAGGCCGCCUACAUCGUGUUGGACCGCUACACCUGUCCCACCUACAUCGCCUCCUGGGAGUUCAGCUGCAAGAACAGCCUGCCGUGGUCUUUCUGUGACCAGUGGCUCGGCCAAAACACUGACAAAGCUGCCUUCAUGAAGCAGAUUUCGAGGUAUUCAAUGACGAGAGCUCAAUCAGAGGACUAUCAAAAGGAGACCACAGAUGGACAAGGGUUCAAUUCCUGCGACACCUACGCCAUGGCUGCCGCCAUCGAUGACACGUUCAUCACAGAGAGCGAUGAGGUGGCAGUGACAGUGGAGCUGGAGGGGGCCCACACCCGAGGCAUGAUGGUGCUGGAUUACAUGGAGCUGCUGGGGAAGAAGCACAAGGCUUUCGUCAUGAAGAAAGUUGACUUGGAGAAAUUCAAGCGAAUGCUGAUGAACUCUCUGAAGUAGAAUGACACUGCAGCAAGCUAACGGCAUGAAAUUGGUUUGUCUAAAUCAAUGAAAAUGAUUCCUGUUAUGAAAACAGCAAUAUUUGAUGCGUUUAUUGAUUGAUUACCACAAAGUGGGGCCUGUAAUGAAAUGGUUCUCCCAGUUUGGUGUGAAGAAAUGAAGCCUGGUCUGCACAGAACCUGUGUUUUGACUGUAGUUAGUCUUGCAGAAAUCUUCAUUAUGUCCUGUCCUCAUUUGACUGUCUUAAACCUGAAGUUUUAUUCGUGGAUAUCGGAUCAUUCCUGUCAUCCCACAGCAUAAUCACUCAGCGUCGUUUUAUAAUUUCACAUCUCCCUUUAAUUGUUGUUAUUGUCAGAUGCAAUGGCUUUCUAUAAAGACCCACCUCCUCGCUUCUGUUUAUCAUAAGCAGAAGCAAUAAAUUGUUCUCCAUCCUUUUUCCAUUACAGUCAGUCCUGGAGGCAGCACAUACACAAACAGAUACAUCUAACAAUAUCAAAAAUGCAUUGUCUUCAGGACCAAAAUUCAAACCACCACUGAUUUACCCAUUUUCUUUAGAAGGGAACCAAUACUGCUAAAACACUCCAGGAAAUGCAACACUGCAUU